AUGGGCGUCUCAGCAUUCGAGAUACUGGACAUCCUCGAACUCAUCUACUUCACCCCAGCUCUGAUAGCUUCGGCCUAUAUCGUCUACAAGCAUGGCCAUCACAAACGACUCGGCUGGAGGUUUCUCGUCAUGAUCUGUCUAUUCCGACUGAUCGGCGCAAUCACCUCUCUUAUCGAUGUCAAGCAUCCAUCCAGCGGCUUGACCAUCACGUACGAUGUCAUGACCAGCUUUGGCCUGUCAGCAAUUCUCUCCACAGCCUUGGCUCUCCUGGAUCGUGUCGAGGACAGCAUGGCACCACACGGUCUGCCCCAUCGGGUAUUCCAGCUCCUUCACCUCCCCAGUCUUGUUGGUCUCAUCCUCAGCGUCGUCGCUAGCACGAAUCUUUUCAGCGACAGCCAAUCUAAUGUCUCGGAUGGCUUCACCGAACUCAAAGCCGCGGUCUGUCUGUUCUUGGUUGUUCUGGUCGCCGAUUUCCUCAUCACAGGACAUUGCUUUUUGAAGAUCGGUCAUGUCCAGCCGGGCGAACGAGGCCUUUUAUUCGCGGUUGCCUUGGCUCUGCCCUUUAUGGCGGUCCGCAUGGCCUUCUCUCUUCUGUGCGUCUUCGCCAACAAUCCCAAAUGGUUCAGCUCCUGGAGCUUGGAGUGGUCUGCCAUCCUUGUUCACGGCAUCUUGGGAGUUCUGAUGGAGGCCAUCAUUGUCACGAUAUUCAUCGUGGCUGGUUUCACCACAAAACCUGCGGUCCUACCGCCGGCCCACGAAGGCAAAGUAAAUUACAACCUGGGUGCUCGGAGUGUGUAA